GGAUUUUAAAGCUUAAGCCUCUCCAUGGUGAAGGUGAAUCGGCAAAGCCCUAGACUCUAAAAAGAAAUCAAAUUCGGCCGUCACGAAGCCCAUUCAGCUCUUCUCUUACUCUUUCUCCUUCCACUCCGGCAGUGGAGCACCACCACGUCCUUCCACCGAUUCUCCGAGUCUCCUCAGCUAUUUUGGUAUUCUGCUCAAAUUUUCGAAGUGAAUCAAGUUUGGGAUUUUUGUUAUUCACGACUUUUUAAGGCAUGACUUUGCUUGAACAGAUCUAUGAGGGCUUGGCCAGUACCCAAUCUCCCAUAAUACCAUCAGACUACCCCAUUGUUCUGGAUCCAGUUUCUAUUUUUCCCAGUUUGAAUCUCGAUGACUCAAAUGUUUCAUCGCUUGUUAUUCCUGUUACAGGAUGGAAAAUAUCUGAAUCUGACUCAGAGCUUAUUACCCAGUGUAAAAAGUUCUUUACCAAGCUGAGACGGGAGCUCAAAAACCCCAACAAUUUUGGUAAAGAGGAGUUCUUGGGUAUUCUGAAUGAAUUUCUUGAGAAAAUUUCAAAAAAUGCUGGACUUUCAAUUGGAGUUAAUCGGUCUGAUAAUGAGUAUACCCGGGUUUUAGUUCAGAAGGUAGGAUCAUUGAUGGGCAAGGAUGUUGCCAGUUUGGUUUUGGAAGCUUGUGUUACUUUUGAGAUUUGGGAAUUGGUGGAAACUCUGAUUAUCAACAGGCUUAUUGAAAAUUCUUGUUAUUCCAAUUUGGUUCAUAGACUUGUGACAAAGAAGAGGGCCGACUUGCUUUGUCAGUGCAUUAAGCAUGCUUCUAAUCUUGGGCCAUCUGAAUUACUCCUAAUCUUGAGGUUUUUCCUUGGUUUGCCCAAAAAUGCUUAUGGUAAUGCAGUUGAUGUGCGCAAGGAAUGGGAGAGCCAAGCUUUGUUAGCAAUGGACAAAGCUGCCAAUAAAAGUCUUAGCGGGAAGAAAUCUUCAUUGGCAAAAGAGGCUGCAAUUUUGCUUAUGUUGGCCCAUGAUGGAUUUUCUUCUCCAGAGCUCUGUUUGCAUUAUUUGUUGUCAUCCGAGAAUCUUGAUGAAGUGGUAUUUGCAUCUGCCAUUGCCAAGUUGAAUGGUGAGGAGACGAGAGGUUUGAUCACUUACUUGGGAAAAUGGCUGAAGAAAUAUGAGAGGUUUCCUCAAGCCGGUCCCUGUCCUAAGGCAUCAACUUCUCUGGGUUUGAAAGCUUGUGAUUGGGUUCCUAAGCUUGAAGAUGUGGUUAAAUGUAUUGGGUUGGUGUUGGAUGAGAAUUAUUCUGCAUUGGUUUUGCAUCCGGAGUUUCAUCAAGAGCUUAUGUCUAUGAAUGAAUUGGUUACAUCUUUAGCCCUGGAAGCAAAACUUAGUUGUUCUGUGGCUAACAUAGCUGAGAAAGUGAGAAUUCAAGUGUAAGAUGCCUGGAGCUUUCCAGUUAUCAAUGUGUUAGCAUAAUCGAGUCUAUACUACGGUUGUAAUUUCAUGGUCAUCUGGAUUGGGAAUGGGUAUUUUUGAUCUAGGUGAAGAAUUUUGUUCUCUCCCUCUCAAUACCAAUUGUCUCUGAAAGCCACAGAUGUUCAUUUAUGUUUGCCCAGAUUAACAAUUCCGAUUUUGAUUCUUCAA